UCCACAUAGUUUUGGUCAUGUACUGUAUAUUAGAGUGAGCUAUGUCAAGUAUCCAGUAUAUAAAUACAAAAGUGGUGUGUAUAAACACUAACUAAAAUACAAUGUACAGUAGUAUAAAUAUUAGAAUGAGCUAUGUCAGGAUGCAGUAUUUAAAUACACAGUGUGAAACGGGAGUGACCAGUGGUUCAAUGUCUCUAUAACAUGGGACAGCAGUGUUUGUGUGUGCGAGCGAGAGAGAGAGAACCAUAUCCUUGAGUUUGUUGUCGCAGGCAAGAGAACUGCUAGGGGAUAGAUGACGUGGCGAGUCAUGACUAUAUUUGGACUGAGGAAAAGCGAAAAAGCUCCAGCCAGGGAUAAGUUGUUUUUGAGGAAGUAUUUUUAUACCCACACAUUGCAAUUCUACAACUAACCACUAGGCCCCUUUGAUCCAUUAACCCCAGGUCCGACAGUAACACUGGCUGUUGCCAAACAUCCCUAGAUCCACGUAGGCAAAAUUUGCUCUGAGCAGCCAUGGGGGUGCACCGUCUGAGGCUCUGGGGCACAGCAUGUUGAAACAAGAAUGUGUUUGUUCCCAAACUUCCCCUGUAGUGUUAUCAUUUUUAGAAACCUUGCAAGGAGAGAAAAAAUCCUGCCACAAGCCUUUGGGCUGCUUGCGUCUCUUACUCUCUUUCUCUUUGUAGUACCUAUCCCUUCUACUUACUGCAAUUACAGCCUUGGAGCCGAAACUAUAAUAACAGUAUAAUGGGAUGGGGAGAGAGCUGCAAUAAAAGCCUCCUUUGACAGAUUAACAGUCCCUGGCUUCUGAACUGUAAUUAACAAUGAGACUGGGAAGAAGAGUAAGAGAGAGGGAAGGAGGGGGAGAGAGAGAGAAAGAAAGAGACAGGGUGGGACUGAAUAACUGGGCUACUCAUAACUGAAAAUUAAAAGAUUGAAAUAAAUACUAAGAUAUGGGACAAGUGGCCUACAUUUAUGUAGGACACACUUAGGAGACAUGUCACAGUUAUGGAAAUAACUAGAGGGAAGACGAAUGAGACCAUGAUCAGUCAAAUAUGGCAAGCCAAGGAAUUAGCAAACUCCAUCUAUAACUUUUUAGCUUUGCAAUGGAGACUGGGUAACAUGGACAAAUCAUGGACAGAUUUUAGGCCUGGCUACUUAUCAAGUGGUGGUUUUGACAUGUUUCAACAAGAUACUUACCUGAGGAUAGAUGGGAGGCCUGUGCAAACCCUUUUUGUGGUGUGGAGAUUUUCGAAAAAUAUAUCUGCUAUUUUUUUGUGUGUGUGUGUGUGUGUGUGUGUACUCUGAAUUGAUGAGAGGGAGAUACCUACAUAAUGACACAUACCCAUCACCCACUGUGUUUCUCUGUCUCUCGUUCUGUCUGUUGCUUUGUCUGUCUGUCUCUCUCUUUCACACACACCUUGCAUUGCACACUGAAGUUACUGUCCCACAGCUCUGGAUGAUUUAUUUUUCUUGCCAAGAAAUGAAAGAGUGGCAUCAGACCUUUUUGCUGUAGUGGAUCGUUUUUCCCCCUCUGAUAUCCACAUCAGAAGAAUCAAGAGGAUUAGAUUGUUCUUCAUUUUCUAAGGAUGGGACUGUACCAACGCUUACCCUAAGCUCUAUAAUGUAUUUAAACUUUUCUGGAGGAGUUUUAUUUUUCAGGAGUACAAAUAUUUCUUCCUUGGAGGAUUUAAUCAUAUUCUAACUUGUAUGUAGUGUGAAAUAAUUUGACGAGCCAACCAUGCUGAUUGGUUUACAUCAACAUUUUCUCAAAAUGUGUGUAAAUUCAUAGCCCAUGACUAUAAUUUAUUUAACCAGUGAAGUCACCCUUAUAGCAGGAAUCUAUAGCAUUCAGUUCCGAUAAUAAAAAAUACAAAUAAUAGUGAUUUUUUUCUUUCAUUUGCUCAGAGGCUGUCAGAGAAGAACAUGAAUAAACAUACACUUUCCAAAUUAUUUGAUAGAACUUUGCAAUGUAAGACAUGGGCUGAACUCUUAAAUUUACAUUACAUGUUUGUCAUUUAGCACUCUUAAAUUGUAAUUGUAUUUCUUUUUCACUUAUUUGGCAGAUUGUUUUCUGUUUUUUUACGUGUUAGAAGUUUUUCAAACGUAAAUUCUCUGUUAAUAAAGUUUACACUCUGGGAGUUGCUAAAACAUUCGCCAGUGCGCAUUGGAUUCCACACAGGUCCUCAGUGCGCAUUGGACUGCACCGGACAGACACAGACUGAAAGAUUCCUGAAGAUUUCAUAUGGAGCCGAGUGAGUCCGUUCACCAAUCUGACCACCGGACUAUGUGGCUGACCCACCUCGCCUUGCUGCUGCUCCGGCUGGCGGUGUCCGCGGAGGGGCUCUCCACCUGCCAGUCAUUCAGCCUGGAUGAUCAGAAGUCCAAGCGCAUCGAGGCCGUUCGCGGUCAGAUCCUCAGCAAGCUCCGCUACCGGAGCCCACCGGAGCCCCCCGCACCGAGCCCUCAGCCCGACACUGUGCCCGCUGAGGUGAUGCUGCUCUACAACAGCACUCGGGAGCUGCUGAAGGAGCGUGCGCGCCAGGCCGAGUCCGCGUGCGACCGGGAGAGCAGCGAGGAGGAUUAUUAUGCAAAAGAGGUUCAGCGCAUAGACAUGCUUCCGCAGCGCACAGACAUCAAUGCAGUGAACCCUCCAGUCCCCAGCCCAUAUUACAGAGUGGUGGGAUUCGAUGUGAGUGGUGUGGACAGGAACUCCAGCAACCUGGUCAAAGCUGAGUUCAGAAUCUACAGAGCACCCAACCCCCAGGCCCGCACCUCAGAGCAGAGAGUAGAGCUCUAUCAGGUGAUAGAGCCAGAAGAGCCAACAGGCCCCUCGCAGAGAUACAUCGAUUCCAGAACUGUUCGCCCACGGACCAAGGGGGCGUGGCUCUCUGUGGAUGUCACUGACACUGUGAAGGACUGGCUGGCUCAUAAGGAGAGGAACCUGGGUUUGAAGCUGGGUGUUCACUGUCCAUGCUGCACCUUCAUUCCCUCCACCAACAGCAUUGUGUUCAAUAAGAGUGAGGAGCUGGAGACACGCUUCGCAGGUCUGGAUGAUGAGCUGCUUCAGCAGCAGGUGCGGAAGCCGGGGGCUAAGGGCCAGGUAGAGUUUAGUACCAAGACCCCCCACCUCAUCCUCACCCUGCUGCCCAGUGACAGGGUAGACAACCCGGGCAAAAAGACCCGCAAGAGGAGGGCUGCUGCAGACACCACCACCUGCUCCAGGAAUUCAGGCGCGGGCUGCUGCCUGCGAUCUCUCUACAUCGACUUCCGCCGGGACCUGAACUGGAAGUGGAUCCACGAGCCGAAGGGCUACAAGGCCAAUUUCUGCUCUGGCAGCUGCCCAUACCUCUGGAGCGCUGACAACCACUACAACAUGAUCCUGCCACUGUAUAACAAGCUGAACCCUGAGGCGUCGGCAUCUCCGUGCUGCGUACCUCAGGACCUGGAGCCUCUGACCAUCGUGUACUUCAUGGGCCGAACGCCCAAGGUAGAGCAGCUCUCCAACAUGGUGGUCAGGUCCUGCAAGUGCCGCUGACGCAGGAGCCCAGCGACGGGAGAGGGGGAAGGAGGAGGAAAAGAGCUUGACAAAACAACGACUACUUGUGCUCCUCAAGCAAAAAGGACAGACUGACCCUCUCUGUCUAUAUAUUCAACCCUUCAUUUCACUUACACAGUCGGAGUCUGGCACAGGCUGUUUUUUUUUUCAAAUCUCACAAGUAUGAAACUGAGAAAUUGUCUUCAACUGUGGGUCUUUUCCCCACUUUCAUAAGGUCAAAAAUACUGUAAAUAUCUUAUUAAUUGAAAUAGCUUUAUUAAACUUUAUUUCACAUUUUCAAAAUCUGAUAUUAAAGUGUUUUGGUUGGAAA